AUGACUCUGGAGUGUACCACUGACCCUGCUGCGGAAGCUGCCCAGCAGCAGCAGCAGCAGCAGCAGCAGCAGCGCUCAGCAACAGCAGCACCGGCACAGAUUGCCGCAUUAUCACCAUCAGUGCCAGGUGCGACUCCAGAGGAAGCUUCGGGAAGAUCAGAAGCGGCAAAGUCAGCAGCACCAGCACCAGCAUUAGCAGCAGGAGCAGCAGCAGCAGCAACGGCAGCAGCUGCAGCAACUGCAGCAGCAGCUGCGGAGGAUGAUGAUCCAGUGGUGUCAGAAGAUCUGCUGCUGCUAGACUUCCCGGAGUUUUCGUUCGCGCCUUCUCUCAAGAAGAGAAGACACACGCCGGCGCGCGUCCCAGCAGCAGCAGCAGCAACAACAGAAGCAGCAGCAGAAGGGGUAGCGUCCGCUGCAGCAGCAGCAGCAGCAGCAGUAACAGCAGCAGUGGAAGAUGCAGAUGCAUCUUCGCAAGCAAAGCAAGGUGCUGAGCGCUCGGGAAGCCCGGAAUCGGCAGCAGCAGAAGCAGCAACGGGAGCAACGGGCGCAGCAGCUGCAGCAGCAGCAGCAACAGCAGCAGCAGCAGCACAAGCUUCGUUUCUGCGGCAGCAGCGCCUGCAGCUUAAAGUGUGGGGUCUCGAUACGGCGGAGCCGCUGCUGCUUUUGGGAGACUUUUCAUUUAAAGGCGAAAGGCUAACAGAGCGCAUGACCACCACCGCGUUGUUCAGAAUCAAUAAGCAGCAGCAGCAGCAACAGCAGCAGCAGCAGCAGCAACAGCAGCAGCAGCAACAGCAGCAGCAGCUGGAAAGCGAUGAGGAAGCAAGCGUAGAUGCACACGCGGAACUGGAGGGCGUUGCUACGGAAAUUAUAUCUUUCAAGAUAGAUAUCGCUGCUGCUGCUGCUGCUGCCGCUGCUGCUGCAACAACAGCAACGGGGACAGAAGCAAGGCCCGAUGCUGCUGAUGCCUCUUGUGACAACAGCUGCAGCAUUGUUGCGUAG